GCGGGGAGCCGGCGUUGGCGGAACUUGACUGCGGGGAGCCGGCGCGGGAGCUUCGGGAACCCACGACGUCAGCACCGCCGCCCGCCGUCGGCGUUGACGGCCAAGCCGAGGCUUUUGCUGAGGGCCUUCAGGUGGCAGGGGCGGCAGAAUAGCCCCAUUAGGCCGCAGUGAGCCUGGGCGUCCCCGCAGACCACCCCGGGGGGGUCCCCGAUAGAUGGCCCACCGGGAUCCCAGGUAGGAGUCUUUGGCCAAGAUUUCAGAACGGGAUAUAAAGUGCGACGGGUGGAAAGAAAAAUUACCAGGGGAAACGGAGGGCGUGAAAUCAAAAUCCAGGUCGGAGUCGGAAUCAGAAUGGAAAUCAUAUGAAUCGUGAUCUUCAAAAUCAGAAAAAUCUGAAUCUAAAAAAACGUGGCGAGGCAGAAUAUAAUCAGGGGAACAUGCGGAUGGUCGUCGGCGUGUACGCCGGUGCUGGAUUUUUCCCGCUGGGUCCACUAGUGGCUGCGUCAUUCUGUCAGGAAUGAACGGGCAGGCAGGCAGGUUGUUAUGGACCCAAAUGCAGGGAAAACGAAAAAGGCAGCGAGGCAGGUGGCAGAGAACUCAAAAGGGCUUUAAUGAUAACUAACAAAAGGCACAAAGUACAAAACAAAGGCUGUGGUGAUCAAAAAACUAUCAACAAAUAACUUAGGUCACUAACAAAGGCUGAAUAUCAAAAACUUACUGAGACGAACACGAGGGCUAGGACUGGACUUCAACUUUGACGCAGGCACAGACAUUGACAUAGACAUAGACAAUGACGCAGCAAGGAGUGAACAGAAAAUGGGAGCAUAUAUACACAAGCAGACAAGGGAUAACGAGACAAGGAACAGCUGGGUAACACAGGUGGAUGCAGAUUGCCGAAUACACUGGGAAAACACACACAGGUGCUGUAUGAUGGGCGUUGUCCCAUCUGUGUGACAGAGAUCCGGUUCCUUCAGUUUCUGCAGAGGAAGCAGCCCGACAAAGUGGACUUUGUCGAUAUUUCACGCCCCGGCUAUGAUGGAGCCAAAUACAAAGGAGUCAGCUACGAAGCGGCCAUGGACGAAAUGCAUGUGAUUGAUGAAAAUGAAGAGGUUCAUCGGGGAGUUCCAGCGUUCGCAGUCAUGUACGGCGCCGUGGGCUUGAGUUGGUUGGGCCGCUUUAUGAUGUGGCCAUCGGUGCGACCGUUCAUGGACAAGUCCUAUGCUAUCUUUGCUCGGAAUCGCUUAAAGUGGACCGGCCGCGGUGAAGAGUGCGCCGAUGGACGUUGUGAGAAGAAAACGCAGUGACAGGCACAAAUAAGAAAUGUCUUAAUUUGCAAAAGUGCAAUUUGGGGGGGAUGUGUUACACCCAACUGUGUGCUCCUGUACUGUCAGUACAAGCUAUGCCAAGGCCUUGAGCAGACCAAUAGAACAAGUUUAAAGUAAUAAGUUACCAGGAAAUGAAGCUGGAAACCAAUCCAUUUUCAAUUCCAACAUCAUGUCUUCACAUUCUGAAUUGGAGUCACUCACAUUUUUUUUGUCUGAACAGAACAUAUUUAUUCAGUCUGUGUUUCGCCACCUUUAUUGAGUUAAAACACAUCAUAGAAAACCACCACAUACACCACCAAAAAGGUCACAUGAAAUUACAAUGACAUUGUUGUAACUGCUUGUAAAUUAAGUUGAAUGUCUAUAUGUGGAUCCCCUCCAGCAAUGGAACACCAAAUUUAUCCAGCGUGGAUAGACGAACAAACAGAAUUUGUUUUAGAUGAAUUAUAGUUUGGAGAACAAUUAGCUCAUUUGCUGUUCUUGAUAGGAAGCAUCUUCAAAUGUAUUUAAACUGGGAGAGCCCACUUCAAAUAGAUUGGACAUCUGUUGUCACCAAUGGCACCCAGCUUGUUGAAUGUAACUGGAUAAAGACUUAUGAGCAGAGAAAGGAUGUCCAUUUGAUGCUGUUUGUAGAUCCUAAUCUUUAUUUUACAAUAUAUAAUUAUUCUAGUGGUAAUUGUGUGAGUGAGAAAACAGUUAAUGGGUCAUACAGUGGGAUUUUCUUAGCUUUUUAUGACGUGCAGUUGUCAGUGAAUGCAUGCCUGGUGUAAAAAUAGCAACCUUGUCAACAACAAUGACAGCGUAUUUGUGUAUUUGUGAAAUGUGAUAUGAAUAGUCUCUGCAGAAUUGCAGGUGUUUGCAAAAUGUACACCAUGUCCACUUUAAAUGUUGUUUGACGUAAGACGGACCUAACAUUAGCCCUCUGAGUGCGUCUCCAGCAGUCAUGAGCAGUAGCACCAUGCACGUGACCUUAAGCUUGUUUGCUUUGACCGAACACUGGACAGGACCACCCCCAACGCCCCCUCUCCCAUUCAGUUCAUCCAAUAAACUUCAUGCUUGGCCAGAAAGGAGUUAAGUAUCUAAAAACAAGUGGAACAUUGCUUCGGGCAUUCUUACAAGUGGAUUUUCCUACCCCCACGGCCCCCCCAAAAAACAUCUUGAUGGCUGAAGUGGAAGCGUAAGGACAAGAAGCUUAAUGUUUCAGCUUUUUAGGAGCCACAAGCAAGCCGAGGAAGUGUUUUUUGGCUUGAUUGAGAACCUGAGACAAGCCUCAUCGGCAGAAGUUCUGACUACCUAUGUGGAGAUGCUGAAUGAACACCUUCGACAUCACUCAUCAUGUAGAGCUUUGAUGUGGCAGGAGAAGAUGGCGUUGACAUUGCUGAGACAUCGGCGUGUACAUCGAGACAACCAAGAUCUCCAGAGGGCCACAAGAGAAGCGCUGGCACUCAUUGGCUAUGUAGAUUCGGUCAAAGGUCGUGGGAUUAAGGUGCUUUCCAUUGAUGGCGGAGGAACAAGAGGCGUGGUGCCUCUACAAGUGCUAAAACUACUGGAAGCACAGACGGGCAAAAAGGUUCAUCAGCUCUUUGACUACAUUUGUGGUGUCAGCACAGGAGCUGUUUUAGCCUUCAUGCUCGGCCUGGCACAUUUUUCCCUAGAGGAGUGUACUGAAAUGUAUCGGCGUUUUGGCUCUGAAGUAUUCCGGCAAAACCGCUUGGUCGGCACUGUGAAAAUGGGUUGGAGUCACUCUUACUAUAACACAGAGACAUGGGAGGCCAUACUAAGAGAGAAGCUUGGUGAUCGAGUGCUCAUUAAAACAGUCAGAGAUGAGUCGAGUCCCAAGGUUUCAGCGGUCAGCGCUGUGGUCAAUUGGGGCAACAGUCCAAAGGCCUUCGUGUUCUGCAAUUACAACCACAAACCUGGAUCCCUGAGCCGCUACGCAGGAGGCUCCGGCUACUCAAUGUGGCAGGCAGUGCGAGCGUCAUCGGCUGCUCCGGGAUACUUCCAGGAAUUCCCAUUACAAAGCGACAUCCACCAGGAUGGAGGGAUUAUCAUGAACAACCCGUGUGCCUUAGCCGUGCAUGAGAGCAGACUCUUGUGGCCCAACCACGCAUUCCAGUGUGUGCUGUCACUCGGCACCGGUCGCUAUGACAAUGCUAAGAGAGGCCCUGUCACAUCCACCAGCUUGAGAGCCAAAAUAAGCAACCUGAUCAGCAGUGCCACCGACACUGAGGGAGUCCACACACUAUUGGAUGACCUGCUCCCCCCUGAUGUCUAUUUCCGCUUUAACCCAAUGCUGAGCGCUGAGGUGUCCCUCGACGAGAGCCGCCCAGAGGCUAUGGACCAAUUGGAGAUGGACACACAGGUUUACCUGGAGAGAAACCGCCUCAAACUGGUUCGACUGUGUUUGGUGCUCGGGGCGGAGCGUUCGGCUGUUAGCAAAACCAAAGACUGGAUCAGUGAAAGGGCCUGGGAGAUAAAGCACAGAUGGGUCUAGACUAUCUAACAGGGGUGCCCACACGUUCUUUUUUAUGUACAGUUGUGGUCAAAAGUUUACAUACACUUGUGAAGAACAUAAUGUCAUGGCUCUCUUGAGUUUCCAGUUAUUUCUACAACUCUGAUUUUUCUCCGAUAGAGUGAUUGGAACAGAUACUUCUUUGUCACAAAAAAACAUUCAUGAAGUUUGGUUCUUUUAUGACUUUAUUAUGGGUUAACAGAAAAAGUGAUCAAAUCUGCUGGGUCAAAAAUAUACAUACAUGGAUCUGAAAAAGCGAAUCAUUGACUUGAACAAGUCAGGAAAGUCACUUAGAGCCAUUUCAAAGCAGCUGCAGGUCCCAAGAGUAACAGUGCAAACAAUUGUUUGUAAGUAUAAAGUGCAUGGCACUGUUUUGUCACUGCCACGAUCAGGAAGAAAACACAAGCAAUCACCUGCUGCUGAGAGAAAAUUGGUCAGGAGGGUGAAGAUUCAACCGAGAAUCGCCAAAAAGCAGAUCUGCCAAGAAUUAGAAGCUGCUGGAACACAGGUGUCAGUGUCCAGUCAAGCGUGUUUUGCAUCUCCAUGGACUGAGAGGCUGCCGUGCAAGAAGGAAGCCCUUGCUCCAAAAGCGGCACCUUAAGGCUCGACUGAAGUUUGCUGCUGAUCACAUGGACAAAGAUAAGACCUUCUGGAGGAAAGUUCUGUGGUCAGACGAAACAAAAAUCGAGCUGUUUGGCCACAAUGCCCAGCAAUAUGUUUGGAGGAGAAAAGGUGAGGCCUUUAACCCCAAGUACACCAUGCCUACCGUCAAGCACGGUGGUGGUAGUAUUAUGCUGUGGGGCUGUUUGCUGCCAAUGGAACUGGUGCUUUACAGAGAGUAAAUGGGAUAAUGAAGAAGGAGGAUUACCUUCAAAUUCUUCAAGAUAACCUAACGUCAUCAGCCCGAAGAUUGGGUCUUGGGCGCAGUUGGGUGUUCCAACAGGACAAUGACCCCAAACACACAUCAAAAGUGGUAAUGAAAUGUCUAAAUCAGGCUAGAAUUAAGGUUUUCGAAUGGCCUUCCCAAAGUCCUGACUUAAACCCCAUUGAGAACUUGUGGACAAUGCUGAAGAAACAAGUCCAUGUCAGAAAACCAUCAAAUUUAACUGAACUGCACCAAUUCUGUCAAGAGGAGUGGUCAAAGAUUCAACCGGAAGCUUGCCAGAAGCUUGUGGAUGGCUACCAAAAGCGCCCAAUUGAAGUGAAAAUGGCCAAGGGACAUGUAACCAAAUAUUAGCGCUGCUGUAUUAUAUUUUUGACCCAGCAGAUUUGAUCACUUUUUUCUGUUCACCCAUAAUAAAGUCAUAAAAGAACCAAACUUCAUGAAUGUUUUUUGUGACAAAAAAGCAUCUGUUCCAAUCACUA